ACCCGUUGGAUGGACGCUUAGAGAUAGUAACACACAUGUUGACCGCUGACUGUGGCAUGUGGUAAUUCUUCACGCCGGUGAUAUUCCGCCGUUUAACCAGAAGCCAUGGGAGAAUUUCGCGUUCACCACGUCAAGUUCUUUGACUACACACCCAGUGCUAUUCAGUGCAUCGCGUGUGAUAGAUCCAGUAAGUCAUCGUGUGACAGACUGGCUGUUGGAAGGGAGGACGGAUCUGUGGAGAUAUGGAGCAUAAAGGAUAAAUGGUAUCAGGAAAAGGUUAUUCCAGGAUCUGAGAAGAGGAGGGUUGAUUCCUUAGCGUGGGUGAAUGGGAGGCUGUUCUCUGCAGGGCUACAGGGAGAUGUUACUGAGUAUGACCUGAUGAGAUGCUCUGCAAAAAAGUCUGUGAUGUAUGGAAGUGCUUUCUGGUGUAUGCAGCAAAAUCAUGCAGGAACUCAUUUAGCGACUGGUUCCGAAGAUGGCUGCGUCAGACUGUUUGAAAUACUUGGGGAAGGCGUGAUCUAUGACCGAUCUCUUGACCCUGAGGAAGGGCGUGUUAUCUCGUUGGCAUGGCACAGGUCAGAUGAGGUCAUUGUCACUGGGUCAAUCAAUACAAUAAGGAUAUGGAAUGUUACGACUGGUCAUUCUGUGCAGAGAAUCAGUAUGCCUAAGGUUUCAAUCCGUAAUAGAUUAGCACCACCAGAUACAAUUGUAUGGAAGGUUGCUAUCACCAGUAACUACACUAUCAUCAGCUGUGACUCCACAGGGAAGACACAGUUCUGGAACGGCAGAAUGGGAACAUUGAUCAAGAGUUUCCUAAGCCACAAAGCUGACGUUCAGACGCUGUGUGUCAGCGACGAUGAGAAGUCUGUCUGUACAGCAGGAGUCGAACCCGUCAUCUCACAAUUCCACCUUGUUGACAAGGAUGGGAGUGGAGAGUCCUUGACAUGGGUGCGGUCACGCAACAUCAGUGAGAGAGGGCAUAAAGUGGGCCACACCCACGACAUCAAGGCGUUGGUGUUCUGCGGAGACAAUGUGGUAUCCGGGGGUGUAGACACCAACCUGAUGGUGAGUCCCAUAGAGGUUGAUGCCUCUCAUCAGAAGUUCAAGAAGCAACAGACACCACAGUUUAAAAGGCUGCUUCCCGCAUACCCCAGUAAAUCUCGCGUUUGCAGUGCCCCAGAUGCACAGUUACUGCUCUUCCAGUUCCCACUCCAUCUUGAAGUAUGGAAGCUUGGCUCAACACUUACAACAGAAGGAACAGAUGGAGAGUCACUGCCAUUGUCGGAUAGACAGCUCAAACUGCUGGAGCUCAAGGCUAAGGGCGAGCACGUAGCCUGCAGUGCUAUAAGCCGUUGCGGCAGAUGGCUGGCCUAUUCAGAUGUGAAUCGAGUCCGGCUGUUCCACUUGACUCAUACCCCACUCUCCCUGGCCAAGGUCCCGGCCCUUCCAUCCGGCCUUCAACCUGCACACCUAAUGACAUUCACUCAGGACUCAGAGCAGUUAAUCCUAGCCUCACAGAAUGGAUCAGUGCAAGUGGUACGAGUUGACAGCAUACAGCCCAACCUGCUUCACACCUUCCCCCCUAUGGAGGACUCCAUCGCUCUCCUCACAGUCAGCACAAAUGGUAAAUUCGUUGCAGCCUCAGACAACAAAGGAAACAUUCUCGUCUAUAACCUCACAACCAAAAAGUUGCAGUGUCGACUGCCGGGCUAUAACCACCAACCUAGCGUCAUGGCCAUUAAUCCCCAUACAAUGCUUCUAGUCAUCAUCUACACGGAUCGCACGAUCACAGAGUAUGAUUUCCUCAGACAGGGGAUUAGUGCGUGGGCCAAGAAACUCAAUAAAGCGGGCCACCACGAGGCCUGGCUGGGACGACGGGAGCCUAUCACCACAGUGACCUUUGACUCAGAGAACAGAGAUCGCAUGCUGCUGCAAGACUCACAGGCCUUUUAUGUGAUCGACAAAAAAAAGCCACUUCCGACAAAAUAUGACAAGUUGUUCAGUCGAGGAUUGGGCAGUCCACCCCAGGGAGACAACCAACAACAUGGAUUUAGCAUCUGCCAAAAGUACAAGCCAUUGCUGCAUGCUGGGUACUUUGGCAAACCAGGCUGGUUAGUGGUUGUAGAGCGCCCUCUAGAGGAGAUCUACGAGAAUCUACCAUCCACGCUCCCGGAGAAGAAGUUUGGAACAUAAGUUUACAUCCUUGGCCAAUGGUUGGCCCUCGCUUGGAGAGAAUUUCGCUUUGGUUUUUAUUUGGUUAAACUCAGGACCCAUUUUCACACAAAAAACUGGUUCUAUUAUUCUUAAUAUUUUGUGCUCACAAGAUUUGAAGAAAUUUAACGAUUGUUUGUUUGUACAUAGUAUUUUAUUCACUUCAACUUUGUGGAUAGUACAGCACUUUCGGCAGGGGGGAGGGAGAACGGGAACAUGUGAGAGUUCAGUUUCAGCGUAUACUUGAACGUGAAAUUAACAGUGAACUUGAUUAGCGUUAAGAGAAUUUUUAAGACAAAUGUUGGAGGUGGACAGGGUUCCUUUUACUGCUCACCCAUAUUUAUGUGUAAACAAAUUAAAAUUUUAUUCUCGGAUGAACAGAGAAAAUGAAAAUCUCAAAAGGUACAUGAGUUGCGCUUCAAGGAAAAACUUUUUUAAGUGAAAUGUUGGUUGGGUAGUCAUGACAGUUGAUUUCAAAGACAGUUGGUCGACCGUUCAAACGCUAGUCUGUCUCUUUUGCUGCUUUUCUAUACCAAACACAAAGGCGCAAUCGACCGAAAUGCUCAAUGAUGGGAAAAUACUUUAUUUGCAUUGUUUUUUUGUUUCUCCAAAAUUUGCUUGCAUGAAAUGUGACCUCGUAUUUACAUGCAGGAUAAGUUACAAUCAAUGUUGCAUUACUAAGUACUUCAUACUCGAAAAUGAGUGUUACUUCAGUACUGCUUUAAUGUUAUUCAUACUCGUGCUCUCACUCAUACUCGGUUAGCAAAAUACUCAGAUAGCAAGAUACUCAAACUCAAAGUCCAUACUCGAUACCGGGCAGAAAAAAUAUCUGUACCCAAAUUCAUGUACUGGAUACCUGAUAAAAAAUAUACAUGUACCACAACUUUAAAUACGCAUGGGCAAAGUACCACUUUCCUUUCUGUGUACAUGGAAUGAAUAGAAGAAUAAAAUUCUGGAACAAUUAAAA